GAGUACUGAGGCGAGUGGAGCUCCGUUCCCAGCUGCGGUCGGCUGGCUCUGUGGAGGGGCGUUCUGGCCUCUGAGGCGCAGAAAUUUGACUGACAAGAUGGCACCUUUUACUCCAAACAAGAGGAAGCAACAUUCCAAGAAUUGUGAUAGCCUUUUAUCAGACUCUCCAUCAAAGAAAUUAAUUUUCGACUGUACUCAGAAUAUAUUUCCAUCACCUGACUUUUGUCAAAAUAAUGAUAAAAAUGAAGAAAAGGCACUUUGCUCUCAACAAGACCACUUCAUUUCAAGUCUACUCAAAACUUCUGCGAGUGAUAGAUUGCCAUCUGCAGAUCAAGGCUCACCAUUUAAAUCAGCUGUCUCCACAGCAUCCUUUUACAACAAAAAUAAAUGGUACCUCAGUCCACUGGAGAGAAAGCUGAUAAGAGAGAGUAGGCCCACUUGUCUAAAACCUAUUAAUGGAGAAAAAUCUUUUCCCAGUGUGAUGGAAAAAAUGCAGAGAAAAUCAAUCUCCUCCAAAAAGAAGAGCAAAAAACCACAGAAGAGUUUAACUGCUAAGUAUCAACCUAGUUAUAAACAUACCAAGCCUACAGCGAAGAAUUCUAAAAGUUCCAAACAAAAUCAAGUGACCUAUAAGUCAGUUGUGGAGAAAGAGAAUAAUUAUUGUGCAACUGAAAGUAAUGUGACUGCUCCCCGGGUUUUGAGCCAAAAAAUAAAACCACAAGUUACACUUCAGGGUGGGGCAGCAUUUUUUGUUAAUAGAAAAAGAUCCACUCUUAGAAAAUCGCCUCUGGAAAAUAAGCCAUCCCUGGAACAUAUCCAAAGGAAUAAGUCUGAAGUGAUUGAUGAUUCUGAUGUAGAGACUGUGACUGCAAGAAGAACUUUUGAGACAAAGCAAGUGCCAAGGUGCUUGUCACUAGAAGAGAAAUUAAUAAAGGAUUCAUCAGCUGGUGUAGUUUCUUCAAGGGAGUGUAAAGUUGAUCAAAGUAAGCAUUUUCCUUCCGAGGAUUCUCUUGGUGAGAGCAAGACAUGUGUUUCUUCCAAUUUGACUACCUAUCCCAUCUUCAAUGUGUCUUCAGUCAGUGCAAAAAGAUCUGUGUCUGAGAAAGAGUCUUCUGUGGAAUCCAUCACAUGUACUAACUUCUUGAAACUGACACAGAAAAACAUUAAUACCAGAGAUGCAAAUAAAGAAACAAAAGACCAGCUCGUCAUUGAUGCAGGUCAGAAACAUUUUGGAGCCACCAUGUGUAAGUCAUGUGGCAUGAUCUACUCUGCUUCCAGCCCUGAGGAUGAGAUGCAGCACACUCAGUAUCACCACAGGUUUCUGGAAGGAAUCAAAUAUACAGGCUGGAAAAAAGAACGCAUAGUAGCAGAGUUUUGGGAUGGCAAGAUUGUGUUGGUUCUGCCUCAUGAUCCAAGUUAUGCUGUCAAAAAGGUAGAAGAUGUCCAAGAACUUGUUGAUUGUGAAUUGGGCUUCCAACAUGUUGUUCCCAAGUGUUCAAACAAAGUGAAAACUUUUCUCUUUAUAUCUGAUGAAAAAAAAGUAGUUGGGUGUUUAAUUGCAGAGCCCAUCAAGCAGGCCUUCCGGGUGCUCUCUGAGCCAGCUCACCCAGACUCCUCCAGCUCUCAGGAGUGUCACAGGGCAUGGCAAUGUUCAGAUGUGCCGCAACCUGCUGUCUGUGGGAUCAGUAGAAUCUGGGUUUUUAGACUGAAAAGAAGAAAGCGCAUUGCAAGACGACUGGUAGAUACUGUCAGGAAUUGCUUUAUGUUUGGCUGUUUUCUGAGCACUGAUGAAAUAGCAUUUUCUGACCCAACACCAGAUGGCAAACUAUUUGCAACCAAGUACUGCAACACCCCAAAUUUCCUUGUAUACAACUUUAAUAGUUAAUGCCAAUUUCAAACAUAAAAGUUUACAUGUAAGUUCAGAUAGUCCCUAAUAUAAGAUGAACUAUUUAACCUAUUUAAUAAAAACUAUCAAAAAGACCAAGACUUAUUCAUGCAGAGUUCAGUUUUACUGCUUAUGAGUUGAAAGUCAGGUAAAUUUGCUGAAUAAUAUCUGGUGAUGCAAAGGAAGGAAAUUUACUUGGAUAAUGUCCCAGCAUUCUGAGUCACCUUUGAAACUAUGUAUGGUUUUCCAUGGAAGCAAAACUGCUGCCUCAAGGAGGCAGACUUAAACUCAAGGCAAAUAAUUGCUUGAUCUUUAAAGGUAAUUUCCUGAAUUCUUCACAUAGUUUUCACUUUUUAAGCACCCAUAUUUAUCAACUCAGGUUAAAUUUAUUUAGAAAGUGUUUGACGGCCCAGAGCGAUGGCUCAAUUGGCUUAUCUUCCCCCUUCAAGUGCUGGGAUCAUCCUGUAUGGGUGCUACUCCACUUCCCAUCCUGCUUGUGGCCUUGCAAAGCUGUAGAGGACCCUGUAUUCAUUUGGGAGACCUGGAAGAAGUUCCUGGCUUCAGAUGACUCAGCUCUGGCCGUGUGGCCUCGUUGAGCAAACCAGUGGAUGGAAGAUCUUAUGUCUAUGUAUGAAAAAUAAGAGUUUGAUUUUAUAGCUUGACAUUUUAAUAUUUUCAAACAUUAAAUGCACAGUUGUCUUCAAGUUUAAUUACACUUAGUAAUUGCACUAUUGUCAUUUUUAUUGUGCAAAAGAUACUGUUUAAGAAACAUUGGUUUUUGAGUUCAUUAAAAAGAAAUGGAUAGGCUAGAUGAUUCAUUUUUUUUUUCUGGUUAAAAUGCACUUGUUCUGAGACAUCUGACAAAGUAAUGUUUUUAUAAAAUGUAUAACAGAACCAAGGCUAGCAUAUAUUUCCACAAGAACAUCAGUUAUAUAAAUAUUGCACGCCUAAAUGUACACAUUUGUGUAGUAGGAUUCUUACACUUUGAAAGCAAAAAAACCAUCAAAUUGUUUCUAUAAAACUGAGUUUAAAAAUUGCUAUUUGGCAGGACUGUAGUUUUCAAGGUUAUAACUGUAGAAGUUGUUUACUUGUUUAUUUUCAAGUUAACUUGAUUACAAGGCUUAGUUUGAAAAAUGAAAUGUGGAAAUAUCAACAAUGUUCAGUUUUGUGAACCUUUUAAUGCUAUUUUCUUUACUGCUGCUGUUCUAAAUUGUUUGCUCAGUGUUUUUGAGAUGAAUUAAAAUUCUUAGCAUUCUACUUUAUACAAAUGAAUGCCUUGGUUACUGUCAUAAAAAUUAUAUAUGCCCUUUGGAAAAAAAUUCAAAUAUGAUUAA